AUGAGCAGUGUCGCCGGCCGCGUGGACCUCAUGAUACCUCCAGAUGCUGGGCUACUCGUGUAUCCAGUGCUGAAGGACUGCGGCCAGCGCGGCCGCCUCUUCCGCGAGAUACCCAAACCAGAGGCCAGAGUGCCAUUUCAUCGAAAGUUCCGUGGUUGCUGCGUGCAACUUGGGCGCGGGUGCCAGGCUGGUGCUGAUGGCCCCAAGAGUUUGUGGCCUGAGGCGACCGGAUGCGAAGGCUACGGCCUGAGCUCCGAGGCGCGGGCUGAGCUCCGGGCCAGCAACCGCCAGGCCGAGGAAAAUGCUCGGCAAAGCAGAGGGCUGGCAGAGGAGCUCCUGACCCUGUACCGCCAGCAGUUCAAUCGCGACCCAAAGACCGCAGACCACCUGGUGAACUUCGCGCGGGGCCUCCAGCGCAAGCUGCCAUACCGAGCGGCUGCGCAGCUUCUGGCCCGGUCGCCAGCGAAGGUUUGA